AUGAAUCACUGUGUUCCAGAUUUCGAUAUUCAAAUCGACGACGAAGAAGAAAACCCUGUGCUUCUCUCAAAGAAACCUUCCGCUGCGCGAAACAAUGAGAUCAUGGAACUGUUAUGGCAAAACGGUUCAGUUGUGAUGCAUAACCAAAGCCACCGCCAAUCUAAAAAACCGCCAUCGCCGGUAACUAACACCGGCAAUCAAGUGAUUCCUGAUCAUAGAGAGAUUCGAUCCUCCGAUGCAGAAAACUUCAAUAUUAAUCAACACUUGUUCAUGCAAGAAGAUGAAAUGGCAUCGUGGCUUUUCGAUUCAAUCAAUGAAGAUCCUCCUAUCAUCAACACUGAAACACUUUUUCAUCCAUCCACCGGUGUUAUACCAGGUUCUUCUCUACUUCAGUCUGAGCAGUUACUUCCGCAACCGAUACCAUCGGCUUCUCGGCCUCCGAUUCAUCCCGCGAGGAAGGAGGAUCAAGUGCUGAAUAGAAAGCAUAAUAAUUUCACAUAUUUUGCUAACCAUAGCAAUGCUAGUAUAGAACCAAGUAUCUCUUCAAGCUCAAUGAUUCCUGCUAGACAAGAAACCACGAUGGUGGAUUCAUGCGAUACACCGAUUAUUACGGAGAUGACUAACACAGCUUCAAAGCUUUCUGAAACAAUCAAGAGCACCGCGUAUACAGAAUGCGUGAGUGUUAGCACUGCCGGAAAAGCGGCGGCAUAUACUGGAUGUGGUACUAUAAGCCAGGUUGGAAAAGCUGCAACUGCAACGACUAAAGGAGUGAAAGAGACUUCAAAGUUAGAUAUUACAAUGACGUCAUCGCAUGAUUGUUCAAGUGGAAGUGUUGAUCCGAUUCAGAGAAAACUGGAGUUAGAACGAAAGAGGAAAGGUCGUGUAUCAGACAAAUCCGAAUUACAGAGGCAGGAAGGAAAAAAACAAGUUCGUGGAUCUACAUCUACAAAGAGAUCCCGUGCUGCAGAGGUUCAUAAUCUCUCAGAGAGGAAGCGUCGAGAUAGAAUUAACGAAAAAAUGAAAGCUCUGCAAGAACUUAUACCCCGGUGCAACAAGUCCGACAAAGCUUCAAUGUUGGAUGAAGCAAUCGAAUACUUGAAGUCAUUGCAGUUACAAGUGCAGAUGAUGUCCAUGGGAUGCGGCAUGGUACCGAUGAUGUUUCCAGGAAUGCAGCAGUAUAUGCCAACGAUGGGGAUGAGAAUGGGCAUGGGGAUGGGAAUGAGUUUAGGGAUGGAAAUGGGAAUGAACAGACCAGUGAUGUCCUUUCCUAAUAUCUUACCUAGUUCACCUUUGCCACCAACAACAACAACAGUAGCUACUCCAUAUGGCUCAAGAUUCCCUGUGCCUCCUUUUCAUAUGCCUCAGCCUCAUGUUCCUACAGUACCUGAAUCAUCAGAUAAUCCCCUUAACUCCCUCGGUACUCUGCUUCCAGAUCAAUCACGCAUCCCAAACACAAACUUCGCUGAUCCUUAUCAGCAAUUCCUCGGUCCCCACCAGUUGCAGCAAUUAAUACAGGGAAUGAACCAACAAAAUGUCAACAGGCCAGGUAACAGUGGGGGCCAGGGUAAUUCAGAAAAGCAUCAGGCAGGAUAG